AAAGAAAGUUAAAUAAAUUACAAGAUGGACGCUUCUUACUUGCACUGCACUUAAACAUCACAGCACAAUUACCUAGAAUAAAUACAAUAAAACUAUUUUUAACAAGUAGAGAUUUUAGUUAAGCACAAGAGUAAAUAUAACAAUAAAAACUGGAAAAUGAAAAAUAUCAAAAUACCACAAAUGUGUACAACAAAAGCCACAAUUAAAUAGAAAAAAGCUGUGCAACCGGAAUACCGCAAAAAUUAAUGUGCCACAGAAAAAUGUCUUUAACCAUUUCAAUGUAAUGCCAAUUAAGCCAAAUUCGCAUUUAAGGCUUAUUUUGAAAGCUGCAAAAAUUCUGUGUAAGAAAAAAAAAUGAUAAAAUGCAAAGAAACCUAAAGAAACCGACAGACACCAGUGGGCAUUCAAUGAGAUCGACAGCAACAUGAGUAAAACGACAUCAAAAACUGCCAACUGUCAGUAAACUAGUAGCCUGCAAGUGCACCCGCAGCGAAGACGAAAAAAGAUAAAUAAAUAUAUGGAUAAAAAAGAAAAAUAAACAGCACUCCCUAGAGUUUAAAUUGCAGUUCGAUUUGCAGUCGAGGCCGGCGGCUUAAUUACGCAAUUAAAUUAUAUAUUUUGAGUGCCAUUUGGAGCCAGGAGAGUUCAGAGACCCCAUAGGAAUCUAAUGCAAAACAGCGGGAGAUAACUUCAUAAUUUCUGAUCGAAGCUUUUGGGGCAGCAGCCACACCAUGUGCCAUGGAGAGCCUGGGCCUGGGCAGCAGACGCAACAAUGGCAGCAACUCGACGGCCGCCCCCACGACGGGCCAGGGGGGCGUGGUCGGGGGCGGGGGCGUGGUCGGCAAGGUUUUGGUCCACACGAAACUAAAGCAACAACAGCAACAGCACUCGAAUCAGAAUUACUACACGCAGCAGCAGACGCAACUGCAGCGACUGAAGCAACAGCAGCAAAAGUUGCAACAGCAACAGCAGCAACAGCAACAACACCAAUUGGAGGCGGUGCACGGGGGCGUGGCUAAGCACUGCCUGCAGUUCCCACCACCGCCGGAUUAUCCACCACCCACCGGUGGUGGUUCCCCGGGCAAUACUCCCGGAAGACGACAGCUGUUGCCCCGAUAUCCCGAUCCAGAUCCGGAUGCCAUAGAGAUCUGCAAUGAGUCUGCGACCUUGGAGACAUCGCCACAUCAUCUCAAGCAGCUGGCGGCGCGGCACAGUAAGACUCUGGGCAGGAACCUGGGUCACCAGCAGCAGCAGCACCACCACCACACUGUUCACCUGCAUCAUGACUACUCGUAUGCCUACUACGAGCCCGGUGCCGCCAUGAGGCACUCCAAUGUGCCGGGAGCCGUUUCCUCAGCCGGAGGCGGCGGAGCUGGAGGCUCGUCAGUGGCGGCCACCGCCUCAUCCUCCUCCUCCUCGUCCGCCGACCCACCGCCCAACUCCAUAAGGGCCCUGCUCUCCAAGGGCAAGAAGAACAAACAGCUGGUGAGUCCGGCCACCCUGCAGUCCUACCAGACGCGCUACCACAAGAUGACCACCAAGGCGGGUCUGGGUCAGAGCGAGAACUUCUACGAGGAGAUCAAUGCGGCUGCCCUGCAGACCAGCAGUGGCCAUCAACUGCGCGGCACGGUGGGUUCCCAUUCGGCUGGCUCGCUGAACCAAACGCUGGUGGAGGAGGAGCUGCGUCGAGUGCAGAAUCGGCAUCACAAGAUACUGGGGGAGCUCAACUUGAGUGUGGAGGCCAUGCUGAUGCCGGAGAGUCCGCCCAAGUCCAUGGAGCAGCCGCCAGGGGCGGCAGGAUCUGGAGGAUCUGGAGGAUCAGCAUCGGGAUCGAUAUCGGGAUCCGAGAUCAUUCCACCGCAGCCGAGUGUGAGUGUGACGGCAGCCAGUGGACAACCGCCCACGAUUCUGGCCCGUCUGACCUCCGCCUCGGCGGACAAUAUCUGUGAUAGCGGCGGCGGCGGCGGCGGGGGCGACGGGGUGAAGAGGACCAAAGGUGCUCCUGGCGUGGAGCAGCUGCUGACCUCCACUUGCGGCGAUCUGGACAGCGGCUUCAGCGGCAGCAGUGGGGCCAGCUACAUUGGCAGCCUGCGCCUGAGCAAAACGCAGCACAUCAAGUGCGCCCGGCAAACGCCCACAGUGGGCACCCAGAGCUGUCGUUCGUUCCAGCGAGCGGCCACUGUAUACGACGAGGCUGGGAUGACUGGUGGUGGUGGUGGAGGGGGCCAAAGUGGCAGUGGCAGCAGCUUCCUUACCCGCGCCUCCUGUGGCCGCAGGAUCCUCAGCUGCGCCAGGAUACGGGCGGCCGAGGAUCCGGGACCCAAUCACCGGAUGCCAAGUGGCCAUGGAGUUCAAACGGUGCAGAACACCGCCACGGAAUCGAAGGCGAGGAGCUUCUGGAGUCACAAGGGCUGGCGAAAGCUACCAGGUUUCUCCACCUCAACGUCCAGCAUCAACGACACAGGUUUAUCAGAUGAACACAAACUGAACUCCGGCUCAUGGGAGGACACCUUGGACGAGCCGCACCACCACCAAGCGCACCACUCGCACCACCAACACCACCAGCACCACCAGCACCAGCAGCACCACUCGCACCUCGGCCAGCGGCACCAGCAGCAGACCUCGUUCAUUGGAUCACCGCCAUCCAGUGCGAGCAUCACCACCGCCCAGUUGCACAGCGCGUUUAGCCGGAGGAUCGCCGAGCAGCGGGAGCGGGAUCAGCGGGAGCAGCGGGACGGAGCGGGCUGCACCGCAGCCACAAUUGCCGGCGGAAGCUUCAGCGCCAACGGUGGCCAGGCUGCCGUUGGUGUCGGCGUUGGCAGUAGCAGCAGCUGCGGCAGCAGCAGCGAACGGGACACCAAAUCGCCCUGCCGUGAGCGGGACAGGAAUCUCGAGCGGGACAGGGAGCGGGACAAGGAGGAGCAGGGAGGUGCUAGGGAGGAGGAGGACGUACUCACCGAGGAGGAGCAGACCAGCAGCAGCGUGAGUUCGCUAAGUGCCGGCAACCAACGCAAUUCGCAAUUGCGUUCAACCUUCAACAAGGCCAAGCAGCAUUUGUCGUUUGACAAAUGGCGCACGGCCGCAACCGGAAGCGCAACAGGUUCCGCAUCUGCAUCCACAUCCGCAUCCGGACCAGGAUCAUCAACCACUGAGAACAACAACGCCACAAGCAACAUGAUUUUGCGCAGGGCCAGUGCCUGCACCAUGCCAUCGAGUGGCGGAGGAGGAGGAGGAGUUGGCGGAUCGGGUGGAUCCUCCCAGAGGGAGGAGGCCACCACGCCGGGUGAGUCGCCCGGCGGACGCCUGUCCCGCUGGUUCUCCAUCAGGCGCGGCUCCUCGCAUCAGUACGAUGUGGGUGGCCGCGAUGGACGCCACUCGACGGCCUCCAGUUUCGACACCCCCGACUCCGGAUCGGGAAACUCGCCGGUCACGGGAAAAGGUGGCUCCGGAUCGGCAGCUGGAUCCACUGGCGGAGUGGCCCAAGGAGCAGCGCUGGACGCCGCUUCGCCACAGAAGCUGGCCAACUUGGGAGCGAGUAAAAUGAUGCCCGGAGUGCCAGAGUCGGAGGAUGAUGAGGCGACCGCCAAUCGCUUCGACAUGGACCUGAUGAUGGCGCCGGGCAGCCGGGCCAACGGUACCGCUCGUACCGCCCACAACCGGCUGAUUGUCCCCAUGUUGCCGCCCGCCCCCGCCGGAUUGUCCCAGCAGCAGCUGAAGAGGCGCCACAUCGUGGCGGCCAUUGUCCACAGUGAGAACUCGUAUGUGGCCACCCUGCAGCGACUAGUCAAUGAUUACAAGAAACCGCUGGAGGAGUGCAGUCCGCCGGUGCUGAACCCAGUGAAGAUAGCCACCCUGUUCCAUUGCCUGCCGGACAUCCUGCACUCGCACAAGCUGUUCCGGAUCUCGCUGGCGGAGUGCGUCCGGAAUUGGGAUCGCGACGAGAAGAUUGGCGAUUGUUUCGUCAGCGCCUUCGGCAAGCCGCAGCUACUCGAGAUCUACUCGGGCUUCAUUAACAACUUCUCGGCGGCCAUGGAGCUGGCCAAGAUGGAGGAGAAGCGCAAGUCGGCGCUGGCCGACUUCUUCAAGGUCAAGCAGAUCAGCGCCCACGACCGGUUGUCGUUCUUCGGGCUGAUGGUAAAGCCGGUGCAGCGUUUCCCCCAGUUCAUCCUCUUCCUGCAGGAUCUGCUGAAGUACACCCCGCAGGGCCACCAUGAUCGGAUGUCGCUGCAGCUGGCCCUGUCGCAGCUGGAACUCCUGGCCGAGCUGCUCAACGAGAGCAAGCGGGAGGCGGAGCAGUACCAGGCCUUCAAGGAGAUGCUCGGCCACAUCUCGGGCACCUUCAAUGCCCGCUCCCUCAGCCUGAGCAGCGUGAGCGUCAGCGACUCCGCCGGCGGCCACCGGCCGAGGUACUUACUCCGCGAGGACAACGUCACCCACAUGGAGUUCAACCAGGCCGGGUUCAUUGUCAAGUGCAAGCAGCGCCGCCUGCUCCUGCUUAACGACAAAGUCAUCUGCGUGUCGGUGGCGCCCAAGCAGUCGCACGACUUCGGGGCCACCGAGAAGCUCACCUUCAAGUGGAUGUUCCCGGUCAACGACGUCGAGAUCGUGGACAACAGCACAUCGGCCACGCUCUCGAGGAUUCUCACAGCCGGUCUCAACCGCGGCGGCAGCCUGAAGUCCAACGGCAGCAGUGGCGCCAACGGCAGUCCGUAUGCCACCAGCACCCUGCCGGGACAUGGAGGCGGCUCCUCGAGCUUCCCCGGCUUCGGGGACCCGCACAGCUCGCCGGCCGCCCAGCUGACCAACGGGGCGGACAACCUGUGCAGCGAGAUGAGCACGCUGAUGUACGACUACGAGGUGAUCUCCCGCAUCCAGGACCUGGUGUGCAGCCUGAAGGGCAGCUACAAGGAGCUGAACGCCAACACCACGCGCAACGUGCUCAACCUCAUCCAGGGCUCCAUCCAGCGCAAGGACGAGGAGAUGGCCUGGGUGGACUCCUGCUGCCUGCAGCUCACCGGACGCCACAAGUCCGGCAAAGAGGAGACCUUCACAUUCCAGACGCAGACGCCGGCGGUGAAGAAGGAGUGGAUCACGGAGCUGCGUCUGGCCCAGCUGGCCCUCGAUCCGAACAACUCGCCGGCCUGGGAGCGUGGCGGCUCCCAUCCGCAGCCGGCCCAUCACCUUCAUCACCACCAUCCGCUACAGCAUGCGCACGCGGGAGCGGGCGAUCCCCGCCAGACGCAGGAGCAACAGCAGCUGCAGGAGGCCGUCCAGCAGAAGCAGUCGCGCAAAAUGCCACUCUUUGUCAAGGCGAUGCCUGUUUACAAGUCACAGCAUCAAACCGAGGUGCGCUGUGGAUGCUACUAUAGCAUCGCCAAUGACACCAAGCAGAGCGGAAACGCGCGACGCCGGCACAAGCAGCUGAACUACCUGUGGAUGUGCAGCAGCGAUGGCACCUCCUCGCACAUUACCGUUCUGGCCCAGCACCCCCAGCAGGCGGGUAAUCUCCGCGAGGCGGGGGCCUUCGAUCUCUUCGAGACGCAGGUCUCUGCCCUGGAGUUCGUCAAGGGAUUGGAUCAGCUAAGGACACGUGACGAGCCGGCCAGCCUGCUGGGCGACCUGGUUUGGCUCGGCACCGAUAGCCGCAAGAUUCUGGUCUACUCGGCCAGGAAUCCGGAGCAGGAGGAGCAGCUGGGCAGCUAUUCGGUGCCGGGAGCCGUGCAGCGGAUCCUCUACCACUUCGAUGCGGUCUAUGUGGCCCUGUCAGGGGCCACGGUGCUGAUCUUCCGCCGCGGGAACGACGGCGUCUGGCAGUUGCGCGAUCCGCAGACCAUUCGGCUGGGCGACUCCGACCUGGUGGUGCCCAGCCUGCUGCCCAUCAACAUGUGCAUCUACGCUUCGUGCGCUAAUCGGGUGUAUGUGCUAAACGCCCUGAAUGGCGAGAUCCAGCGGAGCUUCGAGGUGCAGCAUGGGGCGAGUCAGCAGGUGAACCUGAUGGCCCACUCGGGCAUCGGCCUAUGGAUCUCGCUGAAGAACUCGACGAUGCUGUGCUUGUACCACACGGAGACAUUCAAGCACCUGCAGGACAUCAACAUAGCCUCCAGUGUCCUGCGACACGAUGGCAAGAAGGAGCAGCCGCUGAACAACAGCUCCGUGUAUGUCACCGCCUUGAUGGCCUGCAAGGGACUGCUCUGGGUGGGCACCAAUGUGGGCAUCGCGGUGACCAUACCGCUGCCCCGACUGGAGGGCGUGCCCAUCAUUAGCGGUGGCAUCAACAUGUCCUGCCACGCGCACUUCGGACCGAUCACCUUUUUGUUGCCGCUGAUUCCGAAGGUCUAUCCCGCCUACAAGCCACCGCCGGUGGGAGCAGCUCCACUGGUGCCCAGCAUGGGCGACGAUCUCCAGCUGCCGGCCAUCGAUGCGGAUCCCAAGAUCGUCCAGGAGCUGGACGACGGUGCGGUGGUGCUGCGACGGGAUCUGGUCAAGACGGAGGAGGCGGUGGUGCCCAGCACCCCCGGCGCGGACUCGGCGGCCUCAUCGCCGCGCAGCUCUAAGCUGGACAAGCAGAACUCGCUGGACCAGAGCUUCUCGGCCAAAAUACGCGCCUCGCUGGCUAACUCGCCGGCGUUCCACCGCAAGCGAUUCCGCGAUGAUCCAAGCCGGAUGUCCAAGACCUUGCCCCGUGGCCUGGGAGCCACUGCAGCCGGUGGCGGUGGCGGAGGAGGAAGUGGAGGUGGAGGAGGAAGUGCAUCGGGCUCGGGCACUGGCAGUGGAAACACUUCGCAGCACGGCGAGCAUGGCAUCUGCGAUGUUUACGGCCUGUAUGGCAAGUUGAUAUUCGUGAAGGAGGACUACGAUGCGGAGGAGGGCAACCAGGGCAACCUGAUGGACAUGAUGUACGAGGGAAUGCGGCGCUCCGACCCAGAAUUGGCGGCCAUACCGGGCAAGGUGUGCACCCUGGACAGGCGAUUGCGCAUGAAGGCCUCGCGGCCGAGGUCGCUGGACCUGUCCAACUGGUCCGUGGACUCCAAGUCCUCCAGCCUGUACACCUCGUCGGGCAGCGAGGAGAGCAUGGGCAUCCGGCACUUUGGCGGACGAUCCGUGUCCCGCAACAGCAGCAGUGCCAGCCACAAGACCUCCGGCACAGGCAGCGAUCUGGGCAACAUAUCCGAGAACGGGCUGAUGACCACGGCGGACAUCCAUCACCACCACCAGCAACAGCAGCAGCAGCAGCAGCAGCUGCAGCUUAGCAGCUCGGCCAAGCCGGAGGAAAUGAGCAGACUGGGUGCAGUAAACCCAGGCUCACUGGACAAGCCCGCCGCCGCGGUGGCCACCCUGAAGCGGAAGCAGAAGCAGAACACCAAGCAGCAGCAGCAGCAGAGCGCCGACGGACCGAGGACGGUGAUCACCCUUAUGGGCGGACGCGGCUACUGGCGCCAGAUGUGGUACAACGGGGCGGGUGGCUCGCCCAGCCAUAAGAACAGCAGCUCUGGUGGCGGCAGCGGAGGCAGUGGUUCCUCCGGCUCCGGGGGCCAGGCCAUGCAGUCGGGCAACCCCAGCUGCUCGCCACUCACGGCCAACUCCAAUGACGCCCACAUCGUGGUGUGGGAGAAAAAGUUAUAAUCGCAGGAGCUGGUGUGCUGCUGCACCCUUCAGCAGCAUCCCCACCAGCACCAUCCGCCGCUCACCGAGCUGUGGCGCCGCGUGGGCGAGCAGCACCAGCAGCAGCAACAGCAGCUGCAGCAGGGUCAGCGCCGUGGGCGCGGACGAGUCCGCUUCCGCGGAUCCUUCAUUCAGCGCGAUCGCAGUGCCGGCAACGAUGGAGUAGGAGGAUCAGGAGCAGCUGGAGGAUCGGGGGGCAUGCUGGGUGCCAGUCUGAAGCGACUGACCAAACUGAAGCGCGGCGGCAGCCUCAAGGAGUUCUAGAUUCGCGUGUACAUUGUUUUCGAAAUUUAGUUUGUAGCUCGUAGGCUUACGUUUAGGCACAAAAACCGUGGAAUUCUUUUUGCGUUUGCUGCAAGCGGGAAUAUCGAAUAUAUUUAUUAGCGGCCCUCGUUGUUGCGUUUCCCAUCCAAAUCGGAUAGUCAGCUCCGAAACACCCAAGUAUUCCAAAAUGUACAGAUUUAUGGAUAAACUGUACUGAUUUCAUAUCAAAUGUAUUCUAUCAAAUCAUUAAUAUUUAUUUUUAAGUGAUUCAAAUUACAUUUUCUUGUUAAAAGCAUUUAGAUUCUUCAAAAAUCUCUAGACCAAAUAUUCUUGCAAGUAAUGCUUAAUUUUUUAUAAACUAAAAUAUCUCUUCGUUGGAAAAUCAUUUGUGAUAGUUUCCAAACCACAUUUAAAACUCAAACUUACAUUUUCUUAAUUUUGUAAUCAUAUUUACCAUUACUUUUUCAAAACCGAUGUCAAAAUCGAUCGAUAGCUUUUGGGAAAAGCUAGGCUUGAUUCCGAUUUGGAAGCGGAAGCGGCCACCGGGGUGUAUAUAUAGCGAAUGUUUCUGGAGAAACCUAGUGUUUAGUCAGCUUUUUCUCAAACUUGAACAGCCAACUAUCUCUUUUCGUUCUUGAUUCUCGCGUAAGAAGUGAAACUUAGACCUAGGGAAAUGUUUUUUUUUUCGUAUGUAGUUCAUAACUGAAUAUCCAAAUAUACAAGUGGUUUUUUUUUUCGAUAGUUGUGUAAGCACAUUAUGUUACUUAGGAUAUAAGUAUUUAGUAUUUCGAUAAGCGGUAGAGCACACACACAAGAGAGCGGCCAAGCCAACAAGCUAAGGGGAAUGAUGUUGUCUGUACAAUAAGAUUUAAAACAAAACGAAAGAGCAUUGUUAAAGUAUCCGGGAAUCUGUCGAAAGAGCAGGACUUUGUGGAUGGUGUAUAACAUGAUUAUACAGAUGGCUAUUUGGCCCCAUUCUGCGACCAUGAAGGGCACUUCCUUUUCGGGUUUUUGUAGACCUUUCGGAGGUGAAAACUCUGAAGCAGCUGGCAGCACUUUCCUUAUGUAUGUAUUAUAACGAAAUUAGACUUAAACGUACUCCCCAUUUGCGGAAAACCCCAAUUUCUAGUACUCUAAUGCCUGUAUUUGUGAACAUUUACAACAAGCAUUCAAGAAAUAAAAAACAAAUCGUUUUU